AUGCUUUCCGAGCAGCCCAGCCAGGCUAUCAUCAGCCUUACCAGGGAGGCGGAUCGCCUUACCCUCCCCAACAGCAGCAGAGCUACCCACCACAAGGCUACCAAGGAGGAGGUCAGCCUCCUUACCAGCAGCAGCACGGCUACAGUUCGCCGCCUGAGCAACAACCUUAUCAGGGUUAUGGCGCUCCUCCUUCCCAGCAACAUGGAUAUGGCGCUCCACCUCCUUCUGGUCCGCCAAGCGGCCCCCGAUGCCGGAAAACCUGCCUCCUCUGCCUCAGGGCUGGUGGGAACGACCUCUGCCUCCAGGCUAUUCGGCGAACCCCCAUGGGCGGUAGUGACCAUACUCGAGGGCACGGAGUUCCUUAUGCAGGGGGCCAUGGAGACUAUUCUCAUGGUGGACAGUACGGCGGUGGCCAUGGUGGCCAUGGCGGCUAUGGCGAGUGGCAUGCUCAUGGGCGCAGCCGGAGGUCUCGCCGUCGGUGCUAUUGGAGGCGCCUUGGUCGCCAACGCUCUCAGUGAUUCGGAUGAUGAACAACACCACCACCAUUACUAUGGCGCCCCAGCUCCGCAGGCGGGUUAUGGUGGUUACCAAGAUCCCAGCAUGCCUCCCGCUGUACUCCCUCCUACUGAUGUUGACGGCAGCAGUGUGUCCUCGAGUGACCGUGAGGAGGUUGAGGAGGCUCGGGCAGAGUAUGAAGAGGCUCUCAGAAACGCCGCAGAUUCAGAUGCGAGCAGCAGCGACCUCGAGGAAUUGGAAGAAGCCCGUGAGGAAUACGAAGAAAUUUACGAGGAGGUUUACGAAGAUUAA